AUGGCGAACCCAAUAGCCUCAGCCAAAGCCCAAGAAGCAACCGAGCAUUUCACCUUCCGCAACGCCACUCCCUCAGAUAUCCCAUCCCUCUCUAGCAUGAUCUCCACCUCACUUCGUUCCUUAUCCCAGACCCACUACACCCCCUCCGAACUUGACGGCUCAAUCGGAUUCCUCUUCGGCCCAGAUACACUUCUCAUCCACGACCAAACUUACUUCAUUCUGCACCCCGUCAACUCCCCCUCUACCAUCUGCGCAUGUGGCGGAUGGUCUUUCCGCCGUACGCUGUACGGCGCUGACACGGCACCUGGUCGCGUGCCCGAGAAGCGUGAUCCCAAAGUUGAGAGAGCGAGUAUUCGGGCCAUUUUCACGCAUCCGAAGUGGGCGAGGCAAGGACUGGGAACUAUGAUGAUGCGGUAUUGCGAGGCGAGGGCGAGGGAAGGCGGGUUUGAGAGGUUGGAAAUGGGGAGUACGUUGACCGGUGUGGCGUUGUAUGAGAGAUGUGGGUAUGUACGGAGUGGGAAGGAGGAUGUGGUGGUCUGUCCGAAUGGGGAAGGGAUUCGGAUUGUGCAUAUGGUUAAGAAUGUAGAAACGGAGGGUGUGGAUGGCGUGUGA